AUGUUUGUGUGUAUUCUGGAAUCCUCUUUCCGUUUGUGUGGUCUCUCUAAUCCCAUAUCUCUUCGUUUAUGUUCCGGAGUAGAAUGUCAACCGAUUUAUGGCGUUGGCGAACUUGGUCGUCGACCAAGGAAGCACAACAGUGGUACAUCACCACAGCCCAAGCGUGCGGUUAAGAAGCAGAUAGAGGCGAGAGGCUGGAAUGACGUUGAACUGACAGAUGCUGUUCCUGCACUCCAUGUCAUACCAUACAUAGAUGAUGAACUGUUGCGGUAUGCUUGUGAUUUGUUUGAAGAGGACAACAAGAAAGCAAAGAGUUCUCUUAGCAUUGGAUGGUGGAAUCCAAAAGAAGUGGCUGCUAAGGUAGCUUUGCCGAAAGGAGGCUGUACAAAAGGCCUGUUGCUUUGCAUCCUCUGUAUCAUCAUAGUAUCAGUGACGAUGGCACUUUAG